AUGCCUGCUGGAGUAAGCUGGGGUCGUUAUCUUUCAUUCACUGUGGCUGCUGGGCUAUCAAUGCUUGCAGGUUCACAAGCAGUACAUCUGCAUUACAAACCACUAGUGGACUUAAAUGUGUACCUUAAGAAGGAAUUGAAUAAUUUACCACCAGAUAUUCAAGAUAAAAUAAUGGCAGAACUUAAAGAAGAAGGAUUUUUGAAGUAAUUAUCAAUAAUGUUUUAAUAGUGUGUAGAUACUGUAUAAUGUGUUAUUAAUGUGAAUAUCAAAGUUAUUAUAACCUGAAAAUAA